AUGGCAGCCGCCGAGGAUGCCUCCCUCUCCACCGAGAGCGAAGCGCCCGCACAGUCCGCCACGCCAUCACCAGCUGCGACGCCUUCAAGCGAAAACGGAAGAAUGGACUCCGCAAGCGAAAAAGGCUCUCCUACGGUAAACGGUGCCCAAUCUCAACCUAUGACUACGACAAACUCUUUCUCUUCCGCUGCAGAUGCACCCAAGACGAGUGCGAUCACUCCAAGUUCGACAUCUGCCUCAGCUCCAUAUGGGACUCGGUCGAGGAACCGAGUGGGUGUUCCGCGGCCCAACUACGCAGAGGACCGCGAUCUCGACAUAGACCUCGAACCCAUCAGCAAUGGUAAACCUGGGAGUUCCAAGAAGUCUUCCUCGACCAGCCACACUGCUUCCAGAGCUUCACCGGUUGCCAACACCGACCGAUUCAGUGGAGUGAGCACCAGGAGGACUCAGAACAGCACAAACAAUUAUACCUCGACGACGAAAGAAGCCAUCCCUGGCACGUCGACCUUCUCUGCCAACCCUAACGCAACCAAUGGUUCCAAGAAGCGUAAACAGCCAGGCUCCAGCACCACCGUUCAGGGAUCGUCGACUCCCACGAAUACGACCCAAGCCAGCAGGAAGUUCGUUGUUGCUGCGUCCCGGUCUCCCGAACUCGAGUGUCCAACAAACAUGAUGACCUUCAAUAACUCUCGGGCGUGCCUGAGAAAUGGGAAAUUAAAAGCCGACGAUGGAACGAUCUUGGCUCCAAAUGAUCACGUAUACCUUAUUUGCGAACCCCCCGGUGAACCCUACUACCUUGCCCGUAUAAUGGAGUUUGUGCAGUCCAAGGAUGACCCCUCGGGGUCCAUUGAGAUGGUUAGAGUCAACUGGUAUUAUCGGCCUCGUGAUAUUCAGCGGAGAUCGGCAGAUCCGCGCAUGGUGUUCGCUUCAAUGCACUCCGACACAUGUCCGUUAACUUCACUUCGGGGUAAAUGCCAAAUUUUACACUCGUCUGAGAUUAAGAACCUUGAGGAUUAUAGAAAAGGAAAAGACUGCUUCUGGUUUGAGAAAAUGUACGACCGUUAUAUUCAACGGUAUUAUGAUGUGAUACCAACUAGCCAGGUCAUCAACGUCCCGCAACAUGUGAAAAAAGUGUUGGAUGAACGCUGGAAGUUUAUCCUCGUUGAAGUGGGACGCGGAAAGGAACUGACAGGCGCUGUGAAGACUUGCAAGCGAUGCAGUCAAUAUGCUGCCAAUGUUGAUUCCGUGGAUUGCGCUGUUUGUCACCGUACUUAUCACAUGUACUGCGUGCGUCCUGUCUUACAGAAGAAACCUGCUCGAGGGUUUGCAUGGGCCUGCGCGGCUUGUAGCCGUGCCCAAGACAAGAAAAUGGAAGCGAGAAACACGCCAAUCAUUGGUGAAGCGCACCACGAUCCUGAGCUGGAAGCCUUGGAGGAAGAUGAAGAAGACCCAGCGAUAGCCGCGGAACUCACACGACGGAGUAGUCCCUCCAUGAACGAAGGCGUCACCCAUUCCGCUACUCCAGAGCAAACGGCUCAAGCAAAACUUUGGCCUUUCAGAUAUCUUGGAAUCCAUUGCCGGGUUGAAGAAGCUUUAGAAUACGAUGAUAGAAUAUACCCUCGGGCAAGUUCGCGGCUUGGUUCUCGCCAUCAAGCCAAUGUCCUUCCAUGGCCAGGCCGUCCCAUUAGAUAUGUCAAAGCACCGGAACCAAAGAAGAAAUUUCUCAAGUCAAAAAAGGAUGCAAAAUUGUCAAAGGAAGCCAUGGCCGCUGUCGAGGCGGACAAGGCCGAAAGAGCAAACCGGCCAAAGUGGGUCUUGGAUGAGCCACCUGGUUAUAUUCCUCGCGGAGAGGAUAAACCAGUACCUAUUAACGGUAAACAAGUCAAAACCGCCGAAUUGCAGUUCAAAAUACCUGAUGCAUCGCAACUUCCAGCACGUGGAGAGGAUGAUACUCCCGGGUCGAAUUUUAGUUUCGAAGACCGAGAAAAGUUCAUGGACGAAUACAUGGCUGAGGCUAAAAAGAUAGCGCCUAUCAAAGGGAUUGAAGAAUAUUCUACAAACUUCCUGGAUAAGGCUUUGAAAUAUUUAUACGAGGAAAAUUUUAAUAAAGCAGCGGCCCUCGCUAGGCUAAGCAAAGUCAACAAGUACACGGACCUAAAGGAGCCGCACCUCAAGCCUGAAGAGGUGAAACUUUUCGAAGAUGGUGUGCAUAAGUAUGGUUCCGAGCUCCGUCUCGUUACUAAACACGUUGGUACUGUACCCCAUAGCCAAAUCGUUCGAUUCUACUACUUGUGGAAAAAGACACCAAAAGGACGUCAGAUAUGGGGGAACUUUGAGGGUCGUCGAGGCAAAAAGGCGGUUAAAAAGUCGGAUAAUGCAAUGACGAAAUUGGUGGACGAUAUUGCCGACGACCACGACGAUUCUGCAUUUGACAAGGACAAGGCUUCGAGUAAAAAGCGAGGGUUCACGUGUAAAUUCUGUUCGACCAGAUCUUCACGACGAUGGCGACGGGCCCCCUUCGUCGCGCCCGGUACCACUGCACCAGCUGAAACGUCGUCCAAAAAGGAUAGGGGAAUAACUUACAAUGUCGCUUUGUGUCAACGCUGCGCUUUAUUAUGGAGAAAGUAUGCUGUUCAAUGGGAAAGUCCUGAUGAGGUUGCAAAGAGAAUCGCCCAGGGAGGAAAUAAAUCGUGGCGACGUAAAUUCGAAGAAGAAUUGUUAAUUCAGCUACUUACGGUCACGGAGACGGAUAUUAAGAUCAACAGUGCCACCGCGACAACCGCUUCCACCAUCGGCAUUUCUGUGGUGUCUGAUGCACCAAGAGAGGCUACCAUCGAGCCACCAAAGAAAAGGACUAAAAUGGACAAGGAUUCCACUCCAGGAAAAGAAUAUUCAGUGGAGCAGUUCCCCAGGAAGAAAGCUGUCGACAAGCCGGCAGAACCACCACCCUUAGCACCAGAACCUCCAAAGCCGAAAACACUUCCUUGUGCAAUUUGCGACCAAAUGGAACCUGGCGGAGAUCAACAUCUAUCCUGUCGAGAUUGUCGAUUGACUGUCCACCGCGACUGCUAUGGAGUGCCUGCUGAUCGGAAUGCUGCGAAGUGGUUUUGCGAUACCUGCUCAAACGAUCACAACCCAGCUAUAUCAACGAGAUACGAAUGCGUUCUGUGCCCAGUAAAUUGGACGGAGCAUGAGCUGAUGGAACCACCAAAAAUUUCGCAUAAGAAGAAAUCUGAACGAGAGCGGGAAAAGGAGAGAUUAGAAAAAGAAAUGGUUGCAGAGGCCAUCAAGCUCUAUCGCCAGCGACAAAUGUCUGCUGGGAAGCCUAUCGGCCCUCGGGAAGCGCUUAAACGAACCGCAGGGAACAACUGGGUGCAUGUUACCUGUGCCGUUUGGAAUCCAGAGAUCAAGUUUGGGAACGCAAAGGAAUUCGAACCUGCCGAAGGAAUGGGCUUAAUUCCACCAGAAAGAUUUCUGGAUACCUGCAAAAUUUGCAAAACCCAGAAUGGUGCCUGUGUGACUUGUCAUCUGGCUUCCUGCAAUGCUCGUUUCCACGUGGGCUGUGCUCAUCAAGCUGGAUACAAAUUCGGGUUUGAUAUAACGCCAGUGAAAGUUAGCAGAAGGGAUUCUAUCAACACUAUGAAACUUGGAGAAGAGUCCGGCGCGGCCACUCCGGCAAUUUGGUGUCCGCAUCAUACGAUAUCCACGAUUGUGCAUGAGAUGAGCGAGCCUAGUGGGGUUGACGAUCUAAAUGCUCUCCAAUUGUAUGCGCGAACAUGUAAACAGGCAGACCUUACUUUGACGGGCACUGUACGAAAAGCCGCUCAUUUCCAGCAAACCGUCGGAGCAUCGAUGAACGGUGGACAAGGGGCAGCAACUCGACGCGCUGCUGUUGUGAACGGUACAAGUUCAGGCCAUGCAAGAAAAGAGAGUCUAAAUGCCAGUGGUCAGACUACAAGUGGACCAUCGACUGAAGCUUCGUCCAAAUUGGAUCGUGCGCACAAUGCGAGUGAGCCAAAUGGGAACGAAGCAGCCAACAGUGUCUUGGAAGGCAAGAGUUGUUAUCGCUGCCAGACAUCCGUCAGCCCAAGGUGGUGGCGACGGUCGAUGAGCCAAGAAGAGUCUAAUGGUUUCGUUGAUCGCCAGACGCCAAACGGGGCAUCCUAUGAUGGUGCAAGUGGUGAAUGGGACCGAAAUACCUCCGCGAAGAAGGCUAUCGAACGACUGUUGUAUGAGUGUCACAAAUGUCAUUUCAAGAAAUCCGAGUCGCCUGUAGCACCGGAAUCACGGCCCUCGCCUUUUGUUGGCAAACGCGAUUCGAGCUUACCCGCCAGCCGGGGGCCCGAUUACGCUUCUCCGCUGGCACCGUCUCCGCGCACUCAAACCGUACAGCCGAGCCCUAAUCUGCAUAUUCCUCCUAUUGUUCCUCUGCACUCCCAUGGGCCAGAGUGGCGACCAGAUUUUGAACAACGGCCUAGCGAAUACGGAACUCCCCUUCUUCGGAACGGGAUCCCACCGGGACCUCCAGGACCUCCAGGACCCCCUAGUCAUCCAGCGGCGAACGGAAUGCCACUCCCACCCCCAAAUUUCCAUUCCGGCCCUCCACCACCACCACCGCAAACCUCCCACAUGAAUGGGUAUGCAACUCCACUCCCGCCCCCUCCUCCGCCGCAUUAUUCAAGCUCUGUACCGCCCCCCCCACCUCCACAUGCGUACACGGCACACCAGAAUCCCUACCCACCCAUUCCCAGCCCCUCUACAAGUGGCCCAACUCAAAUAGCAUCGAACGGCCAUCCAUAUCCAUCUACCUCGCCACCAACGGUGCACUACUCCCCCCAGAAUUCAAUCAGCUUGCCGCAUAGCGCUCCCCCUGUCCGAGUGUACCCUGUUGAAAGAGCCAUUGCGCCAAAUCUACCCUCACCAUCGAUGUCCCGACGCAGUGUGGAUCCACAACUACGUCCAGGAACGCCGGUUGCGCCGGAGCAGCAACCACAGAAGCACCAGCAACAGCAGCAGCAGCAUAAUACUAUGGCCUCUGAACCAUCCCCAGCUAAUGGGCCUAGACCUCCAAGCUCCGGACGCAACAGCGGCGGAAGCCAGGCGGUGACCACAGUUUCGGGAGCCAGUGCGAGUCCUUCGUUGAAAAAUUUGCUUCUUUAA